AUGACAGGGGCAAAGAGAAAAAAGAAAAGUGUGCUCUGGAGCAAGAUGCAUAUGCCCCAUUGUGAAGACUUUAAACAGUGGUGUAGAAGGCGGCUACCUAUUUUGGAAUGGGCAACACAUUACAAUCUGAAAGAAAACUUGCUUCCAGACACUGUGUCUGGGAUAAUGCUGGCAGUUCAACAGGUGACACAAGGGCUGGCCUUUGCUAUUCUCUCAUCUGUGCACCCCGUGUUUGGUUUGUAUGGGUCUCUGUUUCCUGCCAUCAUUUAUGCCAUAUUUGGAAUGGGACGUCAUGUUGCCACAGGCACCUUUGCCUUGACAUCCUUAAUAUCAGCUAAUGCAGUGGAACGGCUUGUCCCUCUGAACAGUCAGAACCUUACCACACAGAGUAACACAAGUGUGCUGGGCUUAUCUGACUUUGAGAUGCAAAGGAUUGGUGUUGCUGCAGCUGUUUCCUUCUUGGGAGGUGUGAUUCAGGUGGCCAUGUUUGUGCUACAACUGGGUAGUGCCACAUUCCUGCUUACAGAGCCUGUGAUCAGUGCGAUGACAACUGGGGCUGCCACCCAUGUCGUGACUUCACAAGUCAAAUAUCUCUUGGGAAUGAAAAUGCCAUAUAUAUCUGGACCACUUGGAUUCUUUUAUAUCUAUGCAUAUGUCUUUGAAAACAUCAAGUCUGUGCAACUGGAAGCACUGCUCUUAUCCUUGCUGAGCAUCGUGGUGCUUGUUCUUGUUAAAGAGCUGAAUGAACGGUUUAAAAGGAAAAUUAAAAUUGUUCUUCCUAUUGACUUAGUCUUGAUUAUUGCUGCAUCAUUUACUUGUUAUUGUACCAAUAUGGAAAACACAUAUGGAUUAGAAGUAGUUGGUCAUAUUCCAAAAGGAAUUCCUCCACCUAGAGCUCCCCCAAUGAACAUCCUCUCUGCAGUAAUCACUGAAGCUUUUGGAGUGGCACUUGUAGGCUAUGUGGCCUCACUGGCUCUUGCUCAAGGAUCUGCCAAAAAAUUCCAAUAUUCAGUUGAUGACAACCAGGAAUUUUUGGCCCAUGGCCUCAGCAAUGUGAUUCCUUCAUUUUUCUUCUGUAUACCAAGUGCUGCUGCCAUGGGAAGGACCGCUGUCCUAUAUAGUACAGGAGCAAAGACACAGGUGGCUUGUCUAACAUCUUGCAUUUUCAUCCUGAUAGUCAUCUAUGUAAUAGGACCCUUGCUUUACUGGCUGCCCAUGUGUGUUCUUGCAAGUAUUAUUGUCGUGGGACUGAAGGGAAUGCUAAUACAAUUUCGAGAUUUAAAAAAAUAUUGGAAUGUGGAUAAAAUUGAUUGGGGCAUAUGGGUCAGUACAUAUAUAUUUACAAUAUGCUUUGCUGCCAAUGUGGGGCUGCUGUUUGGUGUUUUGUGUACCAUAGCUAUUGUGAUUGGUCGUUUCCCAAGAGCAAAGACUCUGAGUAUAAAAAAUAUGAAAGAAAUGGAAUUUAAAGUGAAGACAGAAAUGGAUGAUGAAACCCUGCAGCAGGUGAAAAUUAUCUCAAUAAACAACCCACUUGUUUUUCUGAAUGUAAAGAAGUUUCAUACUGAUCUAAUGAACAUAAUCCAAAAAGAAAAUGCCAGCAACCAGCCACUUGAUGAAAUCAGCAAGUGUGAACAAAACACAUUGCUCAGUUCUCUAUCCAAUGGCAUUUGCAAUGAAGAAGCAACACAGCCCUGCCUGAAUCAGAAGUGUUAUUUAAUCCUAGAUUGCAGUGGAUUGACCUUUUCUGACUAUUCUGGAGUCUCCAUGCUUGUUGAGGUUUACACGGACUGCAAGAACAAGAGUGUGGAUGUAUCAUUAGUCCAUUGUACAGCUUCCUUGAUAAAAGCAAUGAAAUACUGGGGAAACCUAGAUUCAGAGAAACCAAUUUUUUUUGAAUCAGUAUCUGCUGCAAUAGGUAACAUCCACUUAAAUAAGAAUUUGAGCAAACUCAGUGACCACAGUGAAAUCUGA